AUGAGCAUACUAGGUCCUUCCGUCACCGUCGACGAUAGCGAUUCUCGUAUCCACUACUCUAGCGGGUGGGGCUUAGUAAAUUACAGUGCCGCAUUCGAUGACACCCUCCACUAUGCGACUGGAGGAGGCAUGACGGCCACGUUCACAUUUACAGGAGUCCAGGUCGGCGUCACAGGUUGCGGCGGGAGCACCAACGAUUAUGGAUGGCCGUCGGAGUCUUACGUCGUCGACGGCAUAACCUACAAUACUGAUGAUCAGAGCAACCUGACCGAGACGCCGGAUACCUUUUUCUGCGAUGCCGACUUCUUCACCUCGCCUUUGCUCCUCCCGGGCUUGCACACCCUCGUGGUCACAAACCUGAACGGGACGGCGCCGAACACCCUGUGGCUCGAUAGCUUCUGGUUCGUCCCAGAAGCCGUGCUUACGACCAGUACCCAAUCCGCCAUUUCGGGCGCCGCGACUUCCUCGACUGCUUCGUCCGGGUCCACAUCCGACGAUUCGGUCCCUGAUCUAUCUCUCCUUUUGCCCCCUUCUUUUACUCGCGCUUCGACGGCGGAGGCUUCCGCGAGCGCGAGCGCGAUUGGGAGCGGUGGGAACGCGGCAGCUAGCCCUCCACAAAACACCGCGGCAAUCGUGGGCGGGGCGGUUGGCGGGGCGGUGGGAUUCCUGCUCCUGGCGGCGCUCGGCGGCUACUGCUUCAGGAAGCGCAGGUCGUCUCGGGCGCGGCGAGAGCCCCGAGGGGAAGCGAUUCUCGAGGGCGCCUUCCCGAGUCCGACCCCAAGAGGACACGUACCGCGUCUGACAAUGCGGGAGGCACCAGCGUCAACGCUCUCCUCAGCAUCCUUGCUGGCGACUCGGGAUGGAGACACAGGCUCCUUCAGACUGCCGGAGUCCGUCGCGGCAUCUGCUGCUUCGUUAACUUCGGGAUCGACGUACCGAAACGAGUACGGACAGUCGUCGCCCAUGCCUCUUGCCGCACCGGAGAAGACUGCUUUGUCUGCACUUCCCGGGACCCCUUCGCUGUACUCCGAUGUGCAGUCGACGUCUGUCGCGUCGGGCUAUCAGGAUACCGCCGGUGUGACCCGUGACCCGUUGCCUUUGUCAGGCAAGCUUGACUCCGGAGCACCUCCCCCAUAUGUCGCUGCGUCCCAGUAA